ACCAAUCUACCAAUCUACCAAUCUGCCAAUCUAGCAUCGUAGGGACCAAAGAACAAACAAUUGCUCAAGAAAUCAUAUAACCUACACCCAGACACAAGACUUUUGAUUGUCACGGUGUGAUGUUUAUCGACUUUUCUAGGUACAAUACCUUAUCGAUAUCCAACCGUUACCUUUUUACCUUCCACUUACCUGAGGCUCUUAAAUAUAAGUUUGGGUGGUAAUUGUUUCCCUAGUCCCUAAAAAAAUCACUCGUGAAAGCUACCUCACCUUACACUACCUUACCUUGCCUUACAUUACAUUACAUUACAUUACAUUACAUGACCUACCCCACUAUCAUCAUCAUCUUCCGCAAAUAACUCAGAAUUUCUAAUUUCGCCUCACCGACUUACACCGACUUACCACAUUCAUAUCUCAUAUCUCAUAUCCCAUCUCCCAUAUCCCGCAUUUAUACCUACCCUUACAGCCAACUACGUAUUCAGAGUCGCAUACCAAUAGUACGCUACCAUGCCGGGAAAGCAACCCAAUUUGUUCGCUUUUAGCGACGUCAGAGCUCUUGCGCCCGCUCUGCGAUCCUACAUCAUCACAUGUCAAAAUGCUGGCAUCACACGUCAUGGCGUCUUCAAGGUCGCCAUUUCGGGUGGCUCGCUACCCCAGACCCUCGCCAAGGCUCUCCUUGCGCAACCGAAAUCCGACGAAGACAUGGUCAAAUUCGACAAGUGGGAAAUAUUCUUCGCCGACGAGAGAGCUGUACCUCUAGAUCAUCAAGACAGCAAUUACGGUUUGGUCAAGAAGGAGCUGCUGGACAAGAUCCCGACCGAGCUGGGCCAACCAACCGUACACCCAAUCGACACACAGUACCUAGAUGACACGCAGGAGCUGGCUGAUCAGUACGAAAAAGUACUCGUCAACUCCUUUGCUAAGGGCGACUCGGUCAAGCUGCCCAUCUUCGAUCUUCUACUUCUUGGCUGCGGCCCAGACGGUCACACUUGCAGUCUGUUCCCAGGUCACCCGCUCCUCCGCGAGACAGACGCGUGGGUAGCGCCCAUCGACGACUCACCUAAGCCGCCGCCUCGACGCAUCACAUUAACGCUACCCGUCGUCACGCACGCCGUCAAGGUCGCCUUCGUCGCCACGGGCGCCGGAAAGAAGGAGAUCAUGAAGAAAAUAUUCGAGCAAGGGAACGGGCUUCCGUGCGCGCUCGUCAACGAAGCAACCGGCGAGCGAUGCAGUUGGUUUACGGACACCGCUGCCGUAGAAGGUGUCAGCUUUCCCCGACGUGGAUUCCUAUAGAGUUCUGCUGCCGAGUGGGAUCGGGGAGGAUAUACCGCCGGUCAGAGCUACAUGAUGAUUUGGGACUAGAUUACGGCAGGCGAAAGAAAAGUUAGGAGGUGUUCUCUCGAGGUCCGCAAGCGAGUAAUUAUGUGCUGUCUUCUUCUUCUUCUUCUUCUUCUUCGAUUCACGACUUAAUCUACGUAGACUGGCGAUGAGUGGAUGGUUCUUACGAGCAUACGACGUGCGGAUCUUAUUGCAUUAUCAAUUAUCAUACACGACGAGGUGUGAUGGGACGGACAUACAUCUCCGGGGGAGGGAUCUGAUACCAAGCACGAAUUAGUUAGAGAAGUUACUUACAUACCCCCUCAUCUAUCUUGGACCUCUUUCUCGGUCGAGGGGUUUUGGAAUACUGAGUUCGCUUUACCACGAUUGCUUGCUUGCUAUGGUCACUGUGCUGCGAGUUUUCUUGCGUUGAUAUGCUUCAUGCUAGUGUCGCCUGGUUGUUGCGCGUGGUUUUUGCUUUGCUUUAUAUGAGUAGAUGAAUUAAAUAUGUAUGCGCGGCUCCCCGCGCAAUUAUGAGACUGAUUAAUGCACCG